AUGCAAAGGGUCAUGGCCAACGUUGACCUAGCACCUUAUCGGCGAAUUGUGCAAAUAUUCUGGGACCCGGAGCCCACCAACGAUGUCGUUCACGAUCAACCAGUCUGGUGUUUGGGACGCUCAUAUCGGCUCAACGGCAAGAAGAAUACCAAGGCCGAUGACCACCAUCCACAGACACCUCCAUCGGUACUGAAGGUUGAAGCAGAAAUCCAAGAAGCUCACGACACAGUUCAACCGCCAAACCGACCAACAAAUGCCCCCGACACACCUCCGGACUCCAUAUCGAGCAGCUUCUCUUCAUCACUGGCAUAUGAAGCCCCGGUGGACGACGGGGGAUGGCCAACUGGGUUCAUAAGCGAUUUUGAAUCCAAGAUAUGGAUGACGUACCGAUCCGAGUUCGAGCCCAUUGCCCGAUCCACCAAUCCACAAGCUACAUCCGCAUUUUCAUUGUCCAUGAGACUCAAGAGUCAACUCGGCGACCAAAGUCCGUUUUCUUCGGAUAGUGGAUGGGGAUGUAUGAUUCGCUCAGGACAAAGUUUGCUCGCAAACGCCAUAGCCAUGGUCCGCCUAGGCAGAGAUUGGCGUCGGGGAGAAUCAGCAGAAGAAGAAUGUCGCCUACUUAAAGACUUCGCAGAUGACCCUAGAGCUCCCUACUCGAUCCAUAGCUUCGUUCGACACGGCGCCAGUGCCUGUGGCAAAUACCCUGGCGAGUGGUUUGGGCCAUCAGCGACAGCCCGUUGUAUACGAGCACUGACAAACUCCCAUGAGUCCUCAAUCAGAGUAUACUCAACUGGUGACGGACCCGAUGUGUACGAGGACGAAUUUAUGAAAAUUGCGAAGCCGCCAGGCGAAGACUUCCAUCCCACGCUUGUGUUAGUAGGAACUCGGCUAGGAAUCGACAAAAUUACACCCGUGUAUUGGGAAGCUCUUAUCGCAGCUUUGCAGAUGCCGCAAUCUGUAGGAAUUGCAGGGCAAGUACUAUCAACACAUGGUCGUCCCUCAUCAUCCCAUUACUUUAUAGGCGCGCAAGGAUCCUUCCUUUUUUACCUUGAUCCUCAUCAUACAAGACCAGCCCUUCCAUAUCACGAAGACCCCGCCGAAUACACCAGUGAGGAAAUCGCAUCAUGUCAUACCUCUCGGCUGCGCCGUAUCCAUGUCCGUGAGAUGGAUCCCAGCAUGCUGAUCGGUUUCUUGAUCCAAAACGAGGCUGAUUGGCAAGAACUGAAGCGAAAUGUCAAGCAUGUGCAAGGCAAAUCAAUCAUUCAUAUAACAGACCGGAAAGCAGUCCUCGGAGGCUCAAGCGAGGGCCGACAAAGCGCGAUUGAUGAAGUUGAAACGUUGAGCGAUGAUGAUACGGAUACCAUUCAUGAAGCAUAG